CACUCGAUCCCCCUCUCAUCUAUUUUCUUCCAUUCCCUCUCUCCCUUCCGUUCUCUCCCUCUCCCUUCCUCUCCCCGACGGAAGCCCACUCGACGCGACGCCGACCGAAGCCCCACCUGCACUCGUCUUCAAAGCCGACCGAAGAUUUGUAGAACUCGCAUCAUCCCCUGUUUUGAAUUCCAGAAGCAAACUCAUCUCUCCAUUCUUGACCCAUUUGAAACACCUCUCCUCAGCAGUUAAGAGGCCUAAGGGUGCUGAUACAUAAUGGUUAAUGCAACUAAAGGACUGUUCAUUUCCUGUGACAUUCCUAUGGCACAAUUCAUCAUCAAUUUGAAUGCCUCGUUGCCUGCAUCACAGAAGUUCAUUAUAUAUGUCUUGGAUAACACUCAUCUUUUUGUGCAAACCCAUGUGGCUGAAAUGAUACGAAGCGCCAUGGCAGAUUUUAGGGAUCAGAAUUCCUAUGAGAAGCCUACUUGAUUCAAAUCCAUUCCUAAAUGAUGUUCAUAUAACUAAUAUGUCUCACUUGUCAUUUUGCAAUUUUUUUAAGUACUAGUCAUUUCGUAAUUUUAUCCGUUGCGUAUGAAUUACACGAGUUACUGCUUCCUUCAUCUCUGUUACCUUAUGGUAGAUGAUAAUGAAUUUCGAUGUACAUUUUGCUUAAUAAUGCUAGCCCCAAACAUCUGGUUGGAUUCCA